CGGUCGGUGUUCAUGUGAAAUUGUGAAUUUGUGAUCUUUUUUGCUUUUAGGAAAAGCACGUGUUUAUGUUUUAUCCUAUUUAAGUGACUCAAAAGGCCGUGAAAAACGAAUUAUUGAGCUUGUAACUCUUACUAUUUAAUAUGUCCAACGAAAACGAAGAACAAAUGGAGGGCAGUUCGUCUGAUGACGAGAGCAUGGAUGAAGAAGGGAGUAAUGAUGAAGGAACUGGACCUAAGACUUAUCUUCCUGGUCAGCCGUUACAAGAGGAUGAGCAUUUGAUUUGCGACCAAUCGGCUUAUGUGAUGCUCCAUCAGGCGCAAACUGGUGCUCCAUGCUUAAGUUUCGAUAUAAUAACCGACAAUUUGGGUAACGACAGACAUGAGUUUCCGAUGACCGCAUACUUAGUUGCGGGAACACAGGCGUCCAGUGCUCAUCUAAACAAUGUUUUAGUAGUCAAGAUGUCAAACCUGCAUCCUACAUCAAAGGGUGAAGAUGAUGAUGAGGAGUCUGAUGAAGAUGCAGAAGAUGAUGAAGAGGAAGAUGAAGAAAAGAAGCCACAAAUGACAUUCUCAUUCAUCAAACAUCAGGGAUGUGUUAAUAGGAUCAGGGCUACAAAUCUUAAAAACUCUGUAAUUGCAGCAAGUUGGUCGGAACUGGGCAAUGUUGACAUAUGGAAUAUAACACAACAGUUACAAGCUGUGGAUGAGCCAACUUUGCUUGAGCGGUACAAUUUGGACAUAGUGAACAACCCCAUAAAACCUUUAUACUCUUUCAGUGGGCAUCAGCAAGAGGGAUUUGGCAUAGAUUGGUGCCCUACAGAACAAGGUGUGUUAGCUACUGGUGAUUGUAGAAGAGACAUUCAUAUAUGGAAACCUAACGAAGGUGGCACUUGGACAGUGGAUCAGCGUCCUUUAGUUGGGCAUACAAGUUCUAUUGAAGACAUCCAGUGGUCACCCAAUGAGAGGAAUGUUUUAGCAACGUGUUCUGUUGACCGAACAAUUAGGAUAUGGGAUACUAGAGCAGCACCACACAAGGCUUGCAUGUUAGUAGCUGAAAAUGCUCAUGAGAAAGACAUCAAUGUAAUAUCCUGGAAUGGCAAAGAGCCAUUUAUUGCCAGUGGUGGUGAUGAUGGCUUCCUGCAUAUAUGGGAUUUACGACAAUUCCCAACCAGUACUCCAGUAGGCACUUUCAAACAUCAUACAGCACCCAUCACAUCAGUGGAGUGGCAUUGGACUGAACCCAGUGUGCUGGCUUCAGCUGGGGAAGACAACCAGGUAGCACUCUGGGACUUGGCAGUUGAGCGAGAUGAUGAGGAGGUUGUGGACGAAGAACUAAAGAAUCUGCCUCCCCAACUGUUGUUCAUUCAUCAAGGGCAAACUGAUAUUAAAGAGCUUCAUUGGCAUAAACAAAUUCCAGGCGUUAUUUUAACGACUGCAAAUAAUGGUUUUAAUAUAUUCAAAACUAUUAGUGUAUAAAUAGAAAAUAAAUAAAUGUGUAACUAUAAGUUAUAAAAACA